CACACACACAUCACACACACCACACACACACCACACACACACCACACACACACACCGAGACGGUGCGCUCCUGUACCUCACAAUCCUGUGCCUUCGUGCUCGCCAUGCAGAACCCCGAGUCCAGCACUGCCGAGCGCCUGGAACUGUUCCGUGAGGCGUCUGAGAGGCACCAGCUCAUGUACCGGCUGGCUAUGACCGGCUCCGGCAUCGAUCGCCACCUCUUCUGCCUCUACGUGGUCUCCAGGUACCUGGGGGAGGAGUCUCCGUUCUUACAGAAGGUGCUGUCGGAGCCGUGGCGUCUGUCGACGAGCCAGACGCCACAGCAGCACGUGGAGCUGUUUGACCUGGCACGCUUCCCUCGCCACCAGUCCUCGGGGGGAGGCUUCGGGCCUGUGACGGAUGAUGGGUACGGCGUCUCCUACAUCAUCAUGGGCGACAGCCUCAUCAACUUCCACAUCUCCAGCAAAUUCUCCUGCCCUGAGACGGAUUCUCACCGCUUUGGUGCCAACAUUCGCUCGUCCAUGAUGGACAUCCUCGCCCUCUUCAACCUGGACAAACAGUCUGCUACAGCGUCCCCCUAACCCCCGCAACCACCUCUGUCAUGCCGCCCGGCUUAAACCGGAUUAGACCACUCCAACAUAUGCCUGAACUGGUUUAGACAGGUUUAAACCACUCCUAAGGCCCGGGUUAAACCGGCUUAAACCAUUCAUGAUUAUGGCUAAACCGGACUAAACCGGGUUUAAACCACUCCUAAGGCCCCGGUUAAACCGGCUUAAACAAUUCCUGAUUAUGGCUAAACCGGACUAAACCGGGUUUAAACCACUCCUAAGUCCCGGGUUAAACCGGUUUAAACCAUUCCUGAUUAUGGCUAAACCGGAAUAAACCGGGUUUAAACCACUCCUAAGGCCCGGGUUAAACCGGCUUAAACCAUUCCUGAUUAUGGCUAAACCGGACUAAACCGGGUUUAAACCACUCCUAAGGCCCGGGUUAAACCGGCUUAAACCAUUCAUGAUUAUGGCUAAACCGGACUAAACCGGGUUUAAACCACUCCUAAGGCCCGGGUUAAACCGGCUUAAACCAUUCAUGAUUAUGGCUAAACCGGACUAAACCGGGUUUAAACCACUCCUAAGGCCCGGGUUAAACCGGCUUAAACCAUUCAUGAUUAUGGCUAAACCGGACUAAACCGGGUUUAAACCACUCCUAAGGCCCGGGUUAAACCGGCUUAAACCAUUCAUGAUUAUGGCUAAACCGGACUAAACCGGGUUUAAACCACUCCUAAAGCCCGGGUUAAACCGGCUUAAACCAUUCCUGAUUAUGGCUAAACCGGACUAAACCGGGUUUAAACCACUCCUAAGGCCCGGGUUAAACCGGCUUAAACCAUUCCUGAUUAUGGCUAAACCGGACUAAACCGGGUUUAAACCACUCCUAAGGCCCGGGUUAAACCGGCUUAAACCAUUCCUGAUUAUGGCUAAACCGGACUAAACCGGGUUUAAACCACUCCUAAAGCCCGGGUUAAACCGGCUUAAACCAUUCCUGAUUAUGGCUAAACCAGAAUAAACCGGGUUUAAACCACUCCCAAGCCUGGGUGUUAAACAGGCUUAAACCACUCCUAAAUCGGAGGUUCAAAUGGCUUAAACCAUUCCAAAUCAUGUCUUAACCGGUUUAUGCAGGUUUAAACCACUCCUAAGCUCCGGUUAAACCACUGAUGAACGCGAGUUAAACCGGCUUAAACCAUUCCAAAACACGCCUAAACCGGUUUAAACCGCUCCUAAGCCUGGUUCAAACCACUCCUAAACCAUAGGAUAAGCCGGCUUAAACCAUUCCAAAACACGCAUAAACCGGUUUAAACCGCUCCUAAGCCUGGUUCAAACCACUCCUAAACCAUAGGAUAAGCCGGCUUAAACCAUUCCAAAACACGCAUAAACCGGUUUAAACCACUCCUAAGCCUGGUUCAAACCACUCCUAAACCAUAGGAUAAGCCGGCUUAAACCAUUCCAAAACACGCCUAAACCGGUUUGGAGAGGUUUAAAUCCACUCCUAAACCGGCUUAAACUACGUUUAAAAAUCUGGGUUAAACCGGCUUAAACCACUCCUAAAACUGGCUUACACUUACCGUAAACCAACUUGGACCAACUUAAGCCAGUUUGGAACGCAUAAAACACUCCUAAACCUGGCGAUAAACUGACCUAGCCCGGAAUGAGCUGGCCUAAACCGCUAAAACACUCCUAAAGCUGGCCUUGAACUGGCCUACGAAUGCCUCGUUGAUCGAACUACUCUGCCCAUCACUAAACUCCUUCCACGGCACCCCUCCGCGCCGCGCCCGCAGGCGUGAAGCUCGCUACGUCUGUUCAUCGGUGAACGGUCGUGCGGCGGUGGCCAUAGGACUAGCCGAGAGGCUCUCAGACUCUCGUAGAGACCCACAGAUUCGCAAAGGCACCCCCAUAGACUCGUCGCACGGAGACCCACAGACUCGUCGCACGGAGACCCCCAGAGAGACCCCCCAGAGACUCGUACGGAGACCCCCAUAGCCUCUCACGUAGACCCUCACGGAGACCCCAUAGACCCUCACGGAGACCCCCAUAGACCCUCACAGAGACCCCCAUAGACUCGCA